CCCUCAGGACGGACUGACAUGCUCCCAGCCCAACCAGGGACCACGAAUUCCUUCUCUCCCCUACUCCCUCUCAUCACCCCUAGACAGACUGACCCGCCCCUCACCCGCGAACCUACUUCCGACCGAGGGACAGACAGGCCAAAUCCACCUUCCUUCUGCCCUCUCCAUCCAUCCAGUAGUGGCCCCCCCAGGAAGGGCCGACCAACAACGCCCUCCUCCCAACUGUGGGACAAACGCUUGUUCCAACAUCAUUGCUGCCACCCUGGCCUUAGGGCUGAUUGACUUUGCCACCUCCCGACAGGCUUACAGAUGGCUGCCCCUUCCCCAACAGACAGAUGUUCUCUAUACCGUCCUCCCCGCCUAAGACCCACAGACGCCCAUGUCUUAUUAACCCACAACCCCCCACAUCAGGGGGACACCUUAGGCAGGCUACAAAGGGACAGAGUACCCUGCGCCCACCCCACCCCAGGACAGACUGACCCUUACCUCAAGACACACAGACCUCUGGAUGGACUGAUAUUGGUCAACUAAAGUACAGACAGCCCCACCCUGGGACAGGCAGUCCCUACCCCUCAUAGAAGGGUCAGAGAGUGCUCCCCUCCCCCUUCAGAGGCAGAUUUCUCCCUGUUAUUGGCAACAGGUGGGCAGACACUCCCCCUUCCCAGUAUCCACAAGGUGACAGUGCCUCACCUCCAGGACAGACUGUCUGCCGUGUCGUGUCUGUGUAUGCUAUGGAAACGGGGACCUCUUCACAAAACACAGACUGGGGAGGAGGGGCAGGCAGGGAGAUAGCAGGGUCAAAAUCCCCUAACCCCAGAGCACCCAGGUACUCAGCUGUCAGGCAGACAAAUGUGAGGCAGUGGAGUGGCACCUUCCCUCCAAGCUGGGUAAAGUGGGCAGCUAUACUCUGCCCCACAGAAUCCCCUGAGCCCAGUCCUCACAGAGAUCACAUGUAUGGGCUGGUGGUCCCCUUAGGAAAGAUGAACUCCAGACCCCACUCCUACCCCAGCUGUCCAGUCACAGGAGACCAGUGUUCUGCACAGACCUGGUAAGCCUCCAUCCUGAUGUGCCUCCCCCCUUCAACAGAGAUAUCCCCUGGGGGGAACCACAGUACUCAGCCAUGACCCCUCUCCAUAGGGCCCUUCCUCCCAUUCUCUGACCAGUUGUAACUGCUCAAGGCUCCUCCAGCUUCUUAUGACUUAGGGAAGUAUAAGAAUCCCAGCCCACACAGGCAGCCCCUUCAAGGUCACUUCCGGGAUUUUCCCCAGUCUCAAAACCUCAUAUUCACCAGGCCUCCUCCUCCUUUGGAGAAAUGUAGGUACCUUCCUUAAGGAGAGUUCUCUCGUACAGAAUCUGUCUCCCCCAACCUCUUCCUGCUUGCUCACUGGCAGCUAAGCCUAGUUCAGUCCAGCACUCAGAGAGCACCUCUUAUUCUGAUCCCUCAUCCUGACUUGACACUUUGUCAACGUUCCCUAGAGAUUAGCUUGUGAGAACCUAAAGGGGAUUUAAGGUAUAUUUUUAAAUUGAGGAGUAGUCACCAGGGACCAGAGCCCUGGGAGGGAUCAGGUCUUGAGAAGUGGGAAAGGAGUUCCCAAUUGCAUUUGUGAGUUCUUGGAAGGAAGAGCUCAGAUUUGUUGGUGAAUUCUAGGAGGCUAGAGGAAGUCCCCCUGGAGGUGCUGAGGCAGAGGGAGUCCAAGUGGCUGGACAUGCUCAACAACUGGGACAAGUGGAUGGCCAAGAAGCACAAAAAGAUCCGUCUGCGGUGCCAGAAGGGCAUCCCACCUUCUCUGCGUGGCCGUGCUUGGCAGUACCUGUCAGGAGGCAAGGUGAAGCUACAGCAGAACCCUGGAAAGUUUGAGGAGCUGGACAUGUCCCCUGGGGACUCCAAAUGGCUGGAUGUGAUUGAGCGUGACCUGCACCGACAGUUCCCUUUCCACGAGAUGUUUGUGUCCCGAGGGGGCCACGGCCAGCAGGACCUGUUCCGUGUGCUGAAGGCCUACACGCUGUACCGACCUGAGGAGGGCUACUGCCAGGCCCAGGCACCCAUUGCUGCUGUACUGCUCAUGCACAUGCCCGCUGAGCAAGCCUUUUGGUGCCUGGUGCAGAUCUGUGAGAAGUACCUGCCCGGCUACUACAGUGAGAAACUGGAGGCGAUCCAGCUGGAUGGGGAGAUCCUUUUCUCGCUGCUGCAGAAGGUGUCACCCGUGGCCCACAAGCACCUCAGCCGGCAGAAGAUCGACCCGCUGCUCUACAUGACAGAGUGGUUCAUGUGUGCCUUCGCCCGCACCCUGCCCUGGGGCUCCGUGCUGCGUGUCUGGGACAUGUUCUUCUGUGAAGGAGUCAAGAUCAUCUUCCGGGUAGGGCUGGUGCUGCUGAAGCAUGCGUUGGGCUCCCCGGAGAAGCUCAAGGCCUGCCAGGGUCAGUACGAGACUAUCGAGCGGCUGCGGAGCCUCAGCCCCAAGAUCAUGCAGGAGGCUUUCCUGGUCCAGGAGGUGAUCGAGUUGCCAGUGACAGAGCGCCAGAUUGAGCGUGAGCACCUCAUCCAGCUGCGGCGCUGGCAGGAGACCCGGGGUGAGCUGCAGUGCCGCUCCCCGCCUAGGCUGCACGGCGCCAAGGCCAUCCUGGAGGCAGAGCCAGGCCCCCGGCCCACCCUGCAACCCUCACCGUCCAUCCGCCUGCCCCCAGAUGCCCCCCUCCCUGGCUCCAAAGGCAAGCCCAAGCCACCCAAGCAGACCCAGAAGGAGCAGAAGGAGCAGCAGAAGCAGGCGAAGGCGAGUGGGCAGCUGGACAAGACCCUGACCCCAAGUCAAGCCACGGUGGUGCCCACUGUGGGAGAUGCAUGUACCCCACAGGAUGUGCUCCCGAAGGACCCAGUCCACCAGGACCCAGCCCCCCAAGAUUCAGCUCCUCAGGACUCAGCUUCCCAGCAUUCAGCCCACCACCACUCCCAGGAGAGCCUGACGUCCCAGGAGAGUGAGGACACCUACUUGUAACACCGGCAGCUCAGGCCUCCAGGGCGGGGUCUCCACACACCUACAUGGUUCACAGACUGACACUCCAGGGCCUGCCUACCCUCUGAGGGCUCGGCUGCCUGGCCAUUGGGCGUAGAGUCUGGCGGACCCAGCACAAACUCUGCCUGAGCCUCCUUAUUUAUUUUCUCCAGAAUGGAGCUCGGGCUGGCCCAGCUGGGCAGGCAGAAGUGAGGGCCUCACUCAGGCUGCUCCUCCUGGGAGGAUGCUCCCAGGGCUAGGGCGCUGACAUGAGGGAAGGCGGGGCGGUAAAGGGUGGGGUGCUCUUUGUGUAAAUAGAAACAUGGUUUUGUACAGAAAUAAACAGGCUUGUGUAGA